CAAAACUGUUCCUUGUCUAAACAUGGUUCCCGUUCCGUCCGCCAUGCCCUCCACGGUUGGAUUCUAUAAUAUCUGCAAUGCAGACCCAGGAUACCAAACGUGGAGGGCGUUGAAAUUAGACAAAACCUAAAAAACUGCACCCAAAAGCCCGAAAAAUGGAACUAGAAUAUUCAACAGUGUCGUCUGAAGCCAGCACAGAGAGUUCAGAAAUAUCUCAAGAACUAAAUACUCUCGAAGAAUGUCGAAUAGAAGGUGUGCGUCUACAACUUCCACAGGGCUUGUGCGAAAACAAGGAGAUAUUCAAGGAAUUUUUCUCUUUAAAGACAUGGCAAGAGUGUUUUACAGAGCAACAGAAGCAGCACCUCAGGAAUUUUCUACCAUCUUUCCCCGAGAAUGAUGCACAAGAAAAAGAUGAGACCCUCCGUAGGUUGUUUGCUCGAGAAAAUAUGCGGUUUGGUGUGCCGCUCAACGACUUUCACAUGCGGCUUAAAAAUGGCUUCUUCAGGCCCGACAUUGCCAAAAUGAGAUCACUUAUUCGGAAGGCAGAAGAGCGAGAAUAUGGAAUGUGGCAGCGGAACUACUUCAGACGAGUGAUGAAGGCGGUACUGUUGUCUCGUCAACAUUACUUGGAAGAAGCAAUGUCACAGCCACCCGGUCACCACCGCCACACUCGCCCGAACGACACAACGUCUCAUCAACCGUUCUCCACUUCUCCAGCAGAAUCAUUGCCAGGCUAUACAAAUAAUGCAUCCUUUUCUGCAGCUAAAAAAAUUGCUGCAGAAAGCCGUGCUCGUAGACGCUACUUUCGAGAGCUUGCUGCUGUCCGUGAGGAAGUUGGCCAGAGUGACCACAGUUCUGAAGAUGAGAACUAUCCUGAAGGUCCUCCGCCCAGACUGAGCAAACGGCAGAAACGGCAACUGGCAGCUCUGCAGAGCUCGCUGCGGACGGACUCCGGCGGCUUCGUCGCCGGCGGGGAGAACAGUCCCACGCGGCACUGGCCCGCUGUUGCGUCUACUCUGUCUGUCCGGUCGGGGGAUGUCGGCGGUGGUGCCGGGGACCUUCUGCUGGCCGGGCUGGAUGCAGGGUAUGCCAGUGCGAGUGGCAGCCUGUACGAGCCAGGGGAGGAGACCUACCGUGCCAUGCUCUACCGCCACAAGAGGCGAAGAGCGCACGGAGAUUCACAUCCGGAUCUGGAGACCCACGGUAUCUCGAUACACGAUGUGGCGACGAGGGCGCAGAUGGCUAAGAGACCGAUUCCCGCGACACCUCCGCUGCGCUGCCCUCCCUCUGCCAGCCCCACGCCCAAUGCUACCUCGUCGCCUGUUAGCACACCGAGUCACCACUACCAGCAGCAGCGAGCGGCGACACCACCGAGUACGCCUCACGAGGGAGGGAAGGUGACCGUAAAGCGUCAGAACGUGCCGGCGAGGGCAGGGAGUGGGAAAGGAAGCAGUGCCGACCAUCAGCAUGUCAACAACAGGGCGCCUCAUCUUCGCAUUGCUAGCCCACAGGUAACCAAUGCUGGAGCCAACAGUUCAGAGAGCUCAGAAAGUGGGGAUGAAACUGAAUCUGAAUCGGAAGAUGCUGUCGACGAUAAGACAGGCCUUUUGCCAAUGUCUGUUAAAGAAGAGCUUAUGGUGCUACCAGAAAUUAAGACAGAACCUAUUGAAGACACAGAACCAUCCCCCAGGGCAAAAGUACGGCGGACUAACAGCGUUGGGUCACCUCGAGGUGCCGGGAAAGCAGUGCAAUCGCAAUCGCAUCCGAACAACCGUAGUAGUCAGCAGCAGCAACAGCAACAGCAACAACAACAGCAACAGCAGCAGCAACAGGUGCAGGUGAAGAUGGAGCCAGCAGAGACAGUGCACCAGCAGGUGCAGAUGAUAAAGCUGGAGCCGGGUGAGGCGUGGACCACCAAGCAGGACGGCUCGGCCACGAUAGUGCUGGACCGGCACAGCUCGUCAUUGCUGCAGCAGCAACAGCAGCAGAAGCAGCUGCAGAGGCAGGAACAGCAGAAGCAACAGCAGCGGCCAGAGCACAAGCAGCAGAAGCAGCCGUACCAGCCGCGCCUCGUACACGUCCGAAAGGCGUACAACAUCGCCACCCUGCAGGACCUUGACGGCAUCGACAUGAUGAACCUGCCUGUCGACCUGGAAGAUUCUUCUGACAUAAAGCCAGCUCCUGAGCUGAUGCAGGAGACGCACACCUGCUUCUUCUCGUUGAUCCGAGAUGUGAUUUGCUCGACGGUGCAACACCGGAUGGCAAUGCCGACCCUCCAGGACAGGUUGCGGGCCUGGCAGGAGAACCCCAUCUCACCCCUCAACGACUGGUACCACCUGGCACCUGACUCGUGGGUCAGCUUGCUGCCGUCUGCCAUCGGUUUCCUCUGUGGUGACUACCCUGAUUUUCAGCCAGACGAAUUUGUGCCGUAUUUGGAACGCAAACCGAACCAAGCGUACCAGUGGAUUGGUGCCGGGAGGGACUCCGACUCCCACCUGCUGCCACUCUGCCAGCACUGGCUGCUGCGCCGGGACGAGAUGCGAGCCGUCGGGCCGCGGCCGCCACCGCCCCCGGUGCAGCACGGGGGACCUGGCGGGAGGCGGCACUCCCACCACGGCCGAGAGAGGGAGAGGGAGAGGGAGAGGGAGAAGGGCAGCACGGGGACAGAUCACGUGAGGGUGGCAGAUGCCUCGGAGGGAGACGGCGGCGAGGUGCCGGGGCAGAGCACGGAUGACGACGACCGCGCACAGUCUCCACCGCCGCCCAGAUGCCCCACGACUUGGGCGGUGCGGCCCAGCACUGCUGCCGAGAAGGAGAUCUACCGGGAACAGGAACGCCGCCGGUAUGAAAAUCCUCACAAAGCUUUCACUUUUCGGAUGCACGGUUACGAAUCUGUUGUGGGCCCCGUCAAGGGAGUUUACAAUCAGAGUGCUGGGCCCAACAAGCCACGAGGGCAUUCUCUGCUAGUUGGUGAGAGGCCAAAUUUUGUCACCAUCCUAGCACUCGUGCGUGACGCGACGGCCCGCCUGCCCAACGGCGAGGGCACGCGCUCCGACAUCUGUGAGCUGCUGCGUGACUCUCAGUACUUGGCUCCGAUUGCCCAGGAGAACUACCUGCAUUCUGUGGUGAGCGGGGCACUCGACCGCCUGCACUACGAGCCGGACCCCUGUGUCAAGUACGACACCAAGCGGAAGAUCUGGAUAUACUUACACCGCGGCCGCUCUGAGCAGGAAUUUGAGAGACUCCACCAGCAACAACAAGGUGUGACGAAGGCUAAGAAGCCCCUCGGACCACGUAAGCCCGGUGGACGGCGCCCGAGGCAAGAAUCUCAGCAAGGGGGUGUGCUGGCCAGCGUCACUUCUGGAGAGCAGUCGACCACAACAGCGUCCUCUGCGGGUGGCGCAGCUCAGCAGGUGGUGGUCACUACUGCGCCAGGGAAGGGUGUGCCAGUGGUUGGCGCCGUGGCGGGGGGACGUGGUGGGCGCUCGAGUGUGCACCAGCAGAUCAGGGUUGCCGGGAGUAGUGCGGGCACUGCCAUCCACAACCUGCAGGUGACCACUUCGGCUGGCCAGCAAACAAUACAGGUAACAACUUCGCAGAACCUGCUGCCUGCUGCGGGAAAAUCCCUACUCGCAGUUUCAAAUCCCGGGGUGGGCUCUGUGCGCGGCACAUCACUUUCGCAGGCCGUGGCUGCCUCCAACGUAGUGACGGCAACCUCGGCAGCGACUGGUCUGCCCGCAUCCUCCCAGCAGCAGCAGGUGGUGAAGACGGUGACGCUGACGGCACAGCAAGUGCAGGCAGUCGCGUCUGCGAGGGCGGCAGCGGCCGCCGUGACAGUGACUGCACCGACCACGACCGUAGGCGCCACGUCGCUCAGGAUGGUGGGUACUGCCGGAGCUGUGACCCGUGGCGCCAAAGGGGGCAAAGCUGGCAAAGGUCAGGGACGAGAGAGGGUGCGCAGGACGCAGCCGAUCACAGCAGCGAGUCUCAUGACGACAAUGGCGGGCGGCAAUGUGUCGCUUUCAGGAGGACAGGUUGUAGCGGGCACCGGCAUUGCCACCACCGUCACCUCCCCUCUGGUUCGACAGGUUGCGGGGCAACAAGUUGUUAAUCUGCAACAGCUGCAGCUACUGGGCGGGUCCCGCAGCCCGCAGCCCCAGCAGCAGCAGCAGCAGCAGCAGCAGUCGGCCUCUGGCGGGUCACCGAAGCUGCAGGGCACGGCAGUGCAGCAGCAGGCACAGCAGGUGGUGGCGGGUGGGAAGGCAGUGGGGCUGACGGGCGUGAAGCUGGUGGGCGCCGUGAAGGCCCUGCAGCAGCCGGGCGCCGACCAGCAGACCAUCCUCAUCAAGCAGGGCUCGGCCGUCACCACGCAGCACGUGUCUUCCCAGCAACAGCAGGUGCUGCAGCAGCAGGCCAAGGCGAUAGCACAGCUGCAGCAACAGUUACAGCAGCAACAACAGCUGAAGCAGCAGCAGCAACAACUAAAGCAGCAGUUGCAACAACAGCAGCAGCUAAAGCAGCAGCAAACUACGAUUGCCACUGUCGGUGGGACGGUUGUGAGUGCGGCCCAGCAGAGAUUAGUCACGUCCGUGUCGGUCCUCGGGAGCGGCCAGCCGCAGGCUGCACGGGUCGUCACCAGGGUUGGCGGGAAACCGGUACCAGUUGCCAUCUCCACGCAGCAGCAACAACAACAACAACAGCAGCAGCAGCAGCAGGCACCUGUGGUGGCAAAGGUGUUUACCAAUGCGCAGGGCCAAGUUAUCUCCAUGGAAAGCCUCCUGGCACACCAUAAGCAGCAUGGGACUCUCCCACAGGGGACGGCAUUACGUGUGACGACAUCGACAGCCGCAUCCGUUAAGGCACAGCAACAGCAGCAACAACAGCAACAGCAGCAGCAAGUGUCUGCUCCCACGGCCAGCCUCAUACAGAUACCGGGAGCAGCGACGCAGUUUGCAGUGGUGUCACAGGGCAGCCUGUUGUCAGUGGCGGGCAGCGGAGCCAGUGCACAGACAACCUCUGCACCCAGAAUACUGCAGGCUACCCAGUUACAGCAGCAGCAACAGCAGCAGGCGGCAGUGAAACUGGUGCAAACGCAGGGAGGCACCAUCGCGAGCACUGCGCAAGCGACGCAACUGAGAGUCGUGGGGACGGCGGGCGCUGCAACGGCAGCUGGCAUCAACUUGGCACACAUCGGUGGCAAGCCCGUCAUCAUCGCGGCAGGCAAAGGGCAGGCAGCCGGUCAGAAUGUGCUGCUGACGACAACCCAAGCGAGCAGUGGGCAGACGCAGCAGCAGACGGUGGUCCUCGCAUCGAGGGCGCAGGGCGGGGCCCUUGUGCUGCAACCGGGGGCUGCUGGCGGUGCGCAACAGAUCCUGCUGCCACCAGGUGCGCUCAACCUGAAGACGCUGCAGGGACUCAAGGUCAUCCCGCUGUCUCAGGCCACGGCAGCUGCUGCAGCGAAAGGUCGGCAGCAGGUUUACGCACGCAUCCUGAGCCCUGGCAUCCGAGCUCAGGGGGCGACUAUUGCUACCAGUGCAGCCAACAUCAUGGUUGCAGCACAGCAACAGCAAUCGGGAGGAGUGGCAGCACAUGCUGUCGGAGGUGCGGGUGACAACGCUGGAUCUGGGACCAACCCUGACCAGUGAAGCUGUAAAUGUAUUUAUAAAUUGCAUGUUAAACCUGUUAGAUUGGACUGCUAAGAAGAUGAACAGAGUAUGCUCUCGGAUUGGGGUAAAGCAAAACACCAGCAAGGACCCAUUGGCUGUUGAAAACUGCUCGUCUGCUGUUAACACAGUGUGAACACUUAAGUACCUGAAUGCCUAACAUUGCUGAGAGAGCAUGAGCUCACCACUGGUAUGAUUUCUUUUAUUAUGCAUUGUUUGUGCCGUACAGAAACAUCCUGUUCUUUUGUAAAAUAUUUUUUUUUUUUUAUGUAGGAAAAGAGCGAACUGCUUCAUGGCUAAGUACAUUCCUUCAGAGAGUACUAAUCAGUACAGUUUUUUAAAUGUGUUUUACUAUGGAGAAGGAACACUGUUUUCUCAUAUGACAUAUUCUAAUCAGUUAUACAGAUUACCACAUUUUGUAAUUACUUUAUUUUUGCUGGUGCAUUGUGUCAGGCUUGUGUGUAAGUACAGAGCCAAAACAAUUAAAAAAUUGUACCCAACAUUCAUUAUUGGAUUCGCGCACCCAAAAGAAAUUACUGUAAAAUGUGACUUUUGCAUUACUUUUCAGGAUGUUCAUACAGUUUAAAUUCUGUUUGUUUGUUACUGCUGUUGUCUAUAUUGUAUGUGUGUUUCUUUUGAUUUUAAUUUUCCAUAUUUACUUUCAAAAGAAGCUAUUACUGCCUCUAGAAAAGAAAAAAAAGAGGAAAAUUUUUUAUUGUGAUUUCUUCUAUUAUCAUAACUUGAAAUGUAUUACUGUAAUUUCUUUGCAAUCUGCAAAAUUUUAUUCUUAACGAGCAGAUUUCAAGAGAAAAACAAACUACUUCAAGUGUAGAAUGAGAGUAAACAGUCCGUGUCAGUCACCAUCUUUCUGGAUAUAUUAAUGGAAUAAGAAAUAAAAAUAAUAAGAUGUCUAAGUGUGCAGAAGCUGAUAAAUAUUUUCUUAAUAGUUGCAGAUCAUACCUUUUUGGGAUAGAUACCUUUUUGGGACAGACAAGUCCCAAAUAGCUGAAUAUACUCACUGAUCUGUGUUAAGAAAUGCAUUAGCAGUGUAUCAAAAAAUUAAUUUGUAGGCACAUGCCUACCAUCUACGUAUAAAUAACAACAAGUUUGAAAAUAUAUGAAAAUAAACAGACAGCUGUUCAUAAGAAUAUCCCAUGAGCUUUGAUUAUAAAAGAAAGAAAUAACAUUUUAGAACAGAUUGUGUUUUUAAGUAGUUUUUUGGUGUUUCAGCCAUCUACUGAGUAACAGCAGUACUCCAUUUCCAAUUCCCGCUAGUUGUUCUCUCAAAAUGUUACAGUUUUCGGUAAUGUCUCAUGUUGUAUCAUGACCUGAACGAGUUUAUCUCUUCUUUUUGUUAUGUUAAUUCCAUUUUUUCUAUUUUCUACAUUAAUGAUGUAUGAAUGACCCAUUCAUCUUCUUCAGGCACUGAGAGUUGUGCUGUGGCAUGUACUCACUGUCUGGACCCCAACCACACUAUGAACUAUCAUUGAUCUUGUGCCAUUGUAAAUAGCUGAUUUUGAAUUCAACUGCUAACGUCCACAGUGCCUUUUGAGGUUCUUUUGUUUUUCAGAGACUGUACUUACAUUCUGUAGAACGCAUAUUCUGCGAGUGUUUCCCAGGUCUGGUGGAUGUGAUGGCUGGUGAGAUCAUAACUGAGUGCCGGUCCCCAAGCUGUGUUGAAAUUGUAACCUCUGUCUCCAUUUAUUAGGUUUAUUGACAUACUUAUUUCGAUACUUUCCUUAACCGUGCUGUCCCAGAAACUAAUCUCACUGUGUUUCACUUUUGGUGGUUUUAGUGGGGUGUGUCAUUGAUGUCUGUUGCAUCUCUCUUUGACUGUUCUGAUAGUCUGCCCCACAUGAGGCGUGGCACCUUCAUACUGAACUCAGCUUUCAGAGACCUCAGUCAUAUUUAACAGUACAAAGAAUGCUUUUUAUCUUAGUUGAAGGAAGCAGAAUACACUGGAUGCCCUGUCUCCCUAGAAGUCUACCAAUCUUUCCAGACAUUGGAAAGCAUAAGGUAAAUGAGUGAGUUUUGGUUUCUCUUCGCCUGUCUCUGUUUCAACCUCUUUCUCAGGUGUCCUUGAUUUUGACUCAGAUUGACGAUCUGAGUAACCACUCCUUUGGGAACACUGUUGGUAGGUGUUGUAACUCUUCAGAAAGGCUCUCCUUGUCCGAUUUCUGUGGACAACAGUCUUUAGCACUGAAUAUCUGGGUGACAGAUGGUGAUCGCUCAAGGUGAGGGGAUGGAGGUUGUUGUGCAUGAGUUUUAUGUAUGCACUGUGACCCAUCAAUACCAUAGAUCUUCUGUUAACAUUUCAAGCAAAGGUAGCUAGUCCUCUUCUUCAACACAGCUGAACACCUGCCUGGAAGCAUACCAUUAAUCAGCCACACUGAGAAAAUCUGAGAGAUCACAUUUAUUAUUCUCUUUUUCAAAAAUUUUCCCCUUUGUGUCUUGGAGAAGGUCUCCUGUCUGGAUGUCUGCUAUAACACUACACUUCAGAAGCUUCUGAUAUUUUUAUUUGUGUCUUCCCUGUUGUACAAAUCAUGCACCCACACAUGUCCUAUGCUCCAAGUAUAUGGUUUCAUGAAUCUUUUUGUGGCCUUGAGCUUUAUAUUAUUGGAUGUUAGUAGACAUUGCUUUUUUUAGAAAAACUUUUUGCGUUGUGCAUUCUUGGCUACUGUGCCCUCCUUGUCUAUUCCUUCUUUAUCUGUUCAGCUAUAGAGAUAGCAAAAUGCCUUCAUCUCGUGUUAAAUUUUGAUAAUGGAAGUCCUGGUAGGAUGUAAGUAAUUAUAAGCAAAGGUAACAACUUACUGAAUAGUAGAGGUGCUGAGUCAUAAACAAGCAGAUAAUUCUUGUUUAAGUGAAACAUUUAGCAACUGAAAGCACCCACCUUCUAGGCAUGUGAUUGUCUUUGCUUUCUUUCUGUUUAUGUGCAUACUACAGCCAUCAGCUAGUACAAAUUGCGUUUCAUUAAGCACUAAGAUAAGUGUGUACAGUUGGAAAAGCUUACAUAAAUUGUUCGUAACAUUCUUCUUCGUUUCCCGCUUUUUGGUUCUUUGCAAUUGAAGUCCUCACCAUUAUUGACUGAAAUCAAAUAUUUGUCUCUUUUUUCGUUACUAGCUGCACGUAGAGUUUAAUGAUAAUUUGUUCUUAUUAUUUAACUGCUUUAAGCUUAAGCUUGUAAUGUUACAAUUUCACUUUGGGAUUCUGUGUCACAGUACGAGUACCUCCUGUCUAUUUCUGUUCACUGUUGUCUUCUACACUAUCAUUCUACUUACUCAUUGUGAACAUUUUUCUGUUUUUCACAAGGAACAGAACUCCAUAUUUUGUUCUAUACAAAUUUUUGCACACUGUAAUAAAUAGUAACAAUAAUAAUAAUAAUAAUUUGUUAUUACAUCAGCAAUGAAAGUGUACUCUAAUUUUGGAUGCAGUAAUUUAUAUUUCAGUAGUACAGAUCACAGGAAAAGACAAAAUAUGUACUUGAAAAGAUAAUUAUUUCCAGUCAUUUAAUUUUAUACUUCACUUCUUCAUAAUAUCAUAUUGGAAACUGAUAUUUUGCUUUCUGCAUUUCAUCGAACUGUCUCUGCGAACACUUUUCCAAUGUAUGCACUGUAGAACUGCAGCAAGUGUUGUUGAUGAGGUGAUGAUUAUAAUGUUUCUCAUAGCUUGGUAUUGCACCAUGGACUAAAAUCCAAUAAUGUAUUUCUGUGCCUAUUGUUCAACGGGCUUGAUUUUUAUUUGUUUUUAUUAGUCCUUUGUUGUCAUGGUCAUCGGUCCAUUUGAACCUGUUUACAGUGUUUAAACCUUCACAAUUUCUGCCUCCCACACUUCCGUCGAUUACCCAAUUAACUAUUCCUCAAUGUCUAAAGAUUUGUCAUAUCAGUCUAACCCUUUGUGUGCUCAAUUUGUGCCUAAAGCUUGUUUCUCUCCAGUCUAUUCAGUACUUCUUCAUUAGUUCCUCAGUCCACCUACAUAAUUUCCUGUAGCAACACAUGUCAACAAGCUUCUACUCUUUUCUUGUAUGUAGUAUCUAUCACUCAUGUUUCACUUCCAUGUAACGCUCCACUCUUGACAAAUAUUUUCAGAAACAGUUUUGUAACACUUAAAUUUUUAUUCAGUAUUAAUAAAUUACUCAUUUUCAGAAAUUUUUCCUAACUAUGUGCAGUCUACAUUUUGCAUGUUCUUCACUUACAUUGUCAGCAGUUAUUUUGCUAUCCGAACAGGAGAAUGCAGUCUCUCAUUUCCUGAUCUAAUUCUCCUAGCAUCACCUGACUUAAUUCAGCUACACUCCAUUACUCUUGAUUUAUGUUUGUUUAUGUUCAUCGUGUACCCUCUUUACAAGACACUAUCCACUCCAUUCAGUUGAUCUACCAAGUCCUAAGCAGUCUGACAGAAUGACAAUCUCAUUAACAAACCCCAAAGUUUUUAUUUCUUCUUCCUGAACUUAAUUUCUUUUGCAAAUGUCUCCUUAGUUUUCUGCUUGCUCAGUAUACAUAUUGAAUAAAACAUGGGAUAGGCUACAUUCCUGUCCUCCCAGUUCAUUGUAAAUUACUGCCUCCCUUUCAUGUUCUUUGAUCCUCAGGGCUGCUUUCCUGCAUAUUUUCUUAAGCAGGCUAAUGAACUGAUAUAUUAACUGAUAAAUUAAGUUGCUUUUUGUGGUGCAUCUUUUCACGGGGACAAAGAUUUUUAGCAGAAAGAGUAUUAAAGACAUUUUCCUAAUAUGAUUUACGUACAGUUGAUGAAAUCUUUUGUGAAUUUUUAAAAUACUAGACACUCAUUUGAUGUAUUUGUUACCAGCUGUCAGUGUAUUAGGUUUUAAAGAUGUGUCAUCAGGUGCUCAUUGAAAGAAAGAUAUUUUAUAUGUAUAGUGUGCAUUUUCAUCCCUCUUUUUUUUUCUUUUUGCUGUAAUACGAAUAUAGACUAAUCAGUUGAAAUGUUAUUGUCUAUGUUGCACUGCUAAUGCAUAUUUGGAAAAGGUAGACAAGAAGAGGAGGAAAAGAAGGGGAAAAAGAAUAAGAUCAACCACUGUGUGUCAUCGUCUUUCACCAAUAUGGUGUGCUCUAUGUUCUUCUUAGUCCAGAGAGAGAAUUUGGUGAUUGUGGUUAUUGUAUUUCCUGUUGGACAUGUAAUUUACUUCUAUAGUCUAUCCAAAAGUGUCAAAAGUUCUCCAAGUUGCCACAAAUACCUCAUUCUGCUUCCUCUCCGUUUUACUGCCUGUAUGAAACAUCCUGAGCUGUAGGUAACAACUGAUUUUAUUUCAGUCCGAUCGUAGCAUGCAUAGAGCUUUGUAGUUCUCCUGUCAUUGGGAAAAAGGAAACACAAAAAUAAAGCCACGGUUCUGUUCAGUUUGUCUUUCUUAAUAGCCGUCUCACGCUUCCUGCCAAAAAGGGCAACAUUUUAUUAGGUUAGAAACAAAGAUUUCAGUAUUUAAUAACCUAGCUGUGAAUGUAUGUAGUGUGCUAGCUCUCAAGUGCAAGUUGUAAAAUAAAUUAUUAUUUACACAUUGUGAACUUGUAGAUUAUUUUUAAAAUAAUAGAUUUUUAUUUACAAAAGAAAUAUUUUUACAAAAAGAACUUGCUUGUAUAUAGUAAUUUAUAAAGUUGGCAGCUUAUAACCGCUCAGAGAGAGAAAUAGAUGUGACAUCAAAGUACAAAAUUGACUCCUUAGCAUAUUACGGUACUCACUAAAAUUAUUGAAAAAAGGCUUUCAUUUUAUAAAGCAAUUUAUUAACAUCAACGAAGAAUGGCACGGGUGGUGAUAUCUUGACUGUGCCGUCCCAUUUUGUAGUAAUGUCCUUAGUAUGUAUGUGCUAAUAGAUCUGCAUUUAAAUGACUUAGGGUGAGUGAAGGUGUGCUUUGUAACAUUUCCUUUUUAUAUAUGUAAUGUGUAAAAAAUGUAAAUAAAUUUUUGACAUUAUUUACUACAGA